GCAAACCUUUUAUUGACUAUCAGUGACAGCAUCAAGUUGGCAAAUUUCGGUUUGGUCAGAGAUUUGGUCGUAGAUGGCUUUGGCAUAGCGAUCGCAUCGGACAUCACGGUUGAUUUCAGAGGCACACUACUCUACGUGGCUCCGGAGGUCCUGACAAGUGAACUUGGACCAGGUAAUCGAAAAGCUUAUGGGAAACCAGCAGAUGUCUGGGCUCUCGGGUGCACGCUUAUCGAAAUGCUGACCAAAUAUCCGCCACACUUUGAGUAUUUCGGACAUGUUGAGGGUAUUCAGAAAGAGAUUCUUGAUAGAGCGUCUGGUGAGAAGAGCAAUUGGUUACCAUAUGGUGCGGACGUACUUGUGCCCACCUGCUCAUCUUCUGUACAUAAGUUGGUAGAAGUGAUUUUUGAGCGAGAUCCAAGUAUCCGGCCGAAUACCAGUGAAUUGUGCGACAUUGUGCAGUCCAUUGUGCACUACGAGAACCGUACGUCUACCAUCAGUCAUGGACCAUGUAUGAGCGGAGAUGGCGCCCGUUCGGAAGCAAUGAAAGUAAAAGCAGAACAAAAUGUUGAUGAUAACGCACGCAAAAGCUCAGCUAAAGAAUCCUUACCGACGUAUAUGCCGCUGGAAACGCUGGAAAACAGUGUGGUAAGACGGAAACGAAAAGUUAGGAGAACGACGACGAGAAGGGGAACGAUGCAGAAGCUCUCAAUGUCAAGCUUGUACUUCUUUUCCCGAAUGCUUUACUUUGCA